AUGCUCGUCCUCGCCGUCCUCGCGACGCCCUCGCACGCCGCCUCUCGCGCGGCCGCCCCAGCUACCUUCAAGCCCAUCGGCGCCGCGGCCGAUGCCGAGCUGGAUCCGAUCAAGGGCUCGGGCUCCACGAGCAACACGACGGGCUGCACGACCGCCGCGGCUCUCUCUCUCCAAGAUCGAGGCCGACGAGACGGCCACAAAGAUCGACGGUCCCUGCUCUUUCUCCACCCUUGGGCGGCCGUGCUGGCGCUGCUCCUCGCAGCAUGCCUUGAGCCGCUGCUGCGUGGGCAGGUCAAGAACGUGGAGGGCCGCAGCCACGCAGCGAUCUCCGUACCCUUGCUCUCCAGCGCGUGCGCUCUCCGAGUCGGCUUUGUGACCCUCUUCUUCUUGAAGGGCGUAUGCGGCAACCCAGCGGCGCCGCUCCAGAUCGUCAACGUCAGCAGCCCGUGCUCGCUCACCGACGGCGGCUCCCUUCCGGAGGACCGUGCACAACUGCUAUCAGAUGUCAUAGCAGGUCGCGUAACCUUGUCCUCCCGCAACGACUUUGCGUGGCUCCUCGCUGCGGUGGACGUCCGCGGCGCCGCAGUCGAGGUCGGCGUGGCAGACGGAGAGUUUUCCUCUAUGGUGCUCGCUGGCUGGCGUGGCUGCACGCAAUACACCCAGGUGGAUCCAUGGUUCGACAAGGUCACUGCUGCACAGCGCUUUGGAAAGAACGCCAAAUUGGUCACCAUGACGGACCAGAGUCACCUUGGAUCGCAGCUCUGCUCGGUGAGGACACACUUUCGCCACGCGCGCUACAGCGGCAAGGUGCGUCAGCUGCGAAUGCUAUCGGCAGACGCGGCAGCGCACAUAACGGACUCGUCGCUCGCCUUUGUAUACAUCGAUGGCGACCAUUACUUCCGUGGUGUGCAAGAAGACCUGCGCAUGUACUGGCCAAAGCUUCGCCCGGGAGGCCUGAUCGCCGGUCAUGACUUUGAGUGGCCGUGGCUGACAAACGGGGUCGCUCCGGCAUCGAUCUGCAUGCUGACAAUGAUUGGACCUGCUGUGGCGAAGAAAUAUGCCUCGCAGGUCGCUUCGCAGCGCUGCUAUGCUGGCCGGCACGGCUACCGCAUCUUCGCGCAGUGGUGGGUGAUCUAUUUCGACGCCGACGUGUAUCUGGUCAACCACGAGCGCCCGCUUUCCGAGUGGCUCGACGACGCGAGUGAGCUGGUGAUGACCGACCACCACCAGAUCAUGAACAACGGCGCGAUCUUCGUGCGUCGCACGCCACGUAUGCUCGAGUUCCUGCUGCCCCUAUGGAUCAAGCUGACGAUGGCUUACACCUGGUCAUGCACCGAUAAUGGCUCGCUGAUGGAGGUGAUCGCGCGUGGCUACGCGCUCGGCCCUGGAGGGAAUUCGUCGUGCCCGAGGCGCCCCGCGAACGUGGCGUUUCCGUGCUACCAAUCUGUCUUCACCAAGGCCUUCGGGCCUGUGCCUGGGAGAGGAGGAUCUCGAGGCCGAGCCGGUCUCAAGCUGGUUGCGCCAGCGGACGGCUUCAAUAAUCACGGCUGUAUGUCACCUGUGGUAGACUGCUCUUCCCCCGUCGCGCGCAAGUUGAUGGCGAGUAGGUACCAACGCGAGUGGACGCUGGACGACGUCUUCGUGCCGCCCAAGAUCCGCAAGAGACAGGGCCUACCACCUAUGUUUGGGCUACACUCGAAGGCCUCCAAUCCUUUCCCGGACCGUGCCAUGCGCAGUAUCCUGCAGCCGGCGAACGUCACCCACGAUUACCCCGCGUGA